UUGUGUCAUGUAUGUUGGUAGAUGACAGUUGCGAAUAUACCUUGUUAUGGAAAGCGUGUUUCAUUACCAGCAUUCCAGUAUUUCCCCAAAAUAUUUUACUGGCGACGACGAAUACCAAAAAUCCGUGCGUGCUACGUAUAGUUGUAAUAAUAGCAAACAAAAGAAAGUGCAAAUACGAUGUCGGUCGGCAAGAUAAGUGAAUUUAAAAUCCAUACGGACGAUUGGAGGUUAUACAUUGAGCGGCUCGAACAAUACUUUUUGGUUAAUAAAAUUGUGGACGAUUUAAAGGUUCCCACACUAAUAACAGUUAUGGGAGCCGAAAGUUAUGAACUAUUAGUGAGUUUGUGUACCCCAACGAAACCCAGUGAAAAAACAUUUAAGGACUUAACCGCCAUUAUGGAACGGCACUUACAACCGAAACCGAGUGCAUUAGCCGAGCGAUAUAAAUUCCGCCAUAGGAAGCAGGCUACCAACGAAAGUAUAGCGGAGUAUGUAGCUAUUUUGAAAAGGAUGUCGAAGACAUGUGAGUUUGGACUUUGGUUGGAAGAGAGCCUCAGGGAUCAGCUGGUAUGCGGGUUAAGUAGUGAAAUGAUACGACAGCGGUUAUUCGCAGAAGAAAACUUAGAUUUUGCCAAAGCGUACAGCUUGGCAGUCAGUUUAGCAGCGGCUGAAAAGGAUGCGGCCGUGGUUGAGGGAUCGUGCAAAAAGCAGGCUGAGGUCAAGGUGGCCGAUUGUCAAGCCAUGGCGGGAGCAUGGCAGCGUAACGCAAGCGUCGCGACAGGCGAUAGGGCGCAGGCUAGCAGCGGGCAAUCAGGAGUAAACAGGCAGUUUGGGCAGCGCGCGCAUUUCUCGACACGAGGGCAGCAAACGAACGGGCAGCGUACGGGCGCGGCCGCGAGGCAGCCUGCAGCGGCAGGACAGCGCGGGCAGCGACAAUGCUCAGUUUGUGGGGGCUCCCACCCGGAAGCGCCGGCGCAGUGCAAAUUCGCGCGAUAUGUGUGCAGAGUGUGUAAUCGCGAGGGGCACCUGCGACGUGUUUGCCCUAACGUGACGGGGCAUCAUAGGGUGGAAGCGAUGACAGACAUGGACACUGACGACAGCGACGAGGUAAUUGUAGUUAGCAUGAAUCAUUUAUCAGUGUCUGACUGUAAACCAAUAAUGAUUCCAAUUAAUGUGCACAAUAAAUCUUUAAGUAUGGAAUUAGACACAGGCUGUGCAGUAAGUUGUAUAAGUUUGGAAUUGUAUCAGCGUGAGUUUGCUGAUUUAGAAUUAAAUAAAAGUAAUGUAGUGUUAAGAUAUUAUACUGGUGAACUCGUUAAACCGCUAGGAGUAAUCAACCAUUAGUUAAUUACCGAGAUCGGAAGUCAUAUUUAAAUUUAUAUGUUAUCAAAGACGGUAUAACGCUUCUUUUAGGUAGACAAUGGAUAGCGGCCUUGAAUAUACUUGACUUACCCGGCUAUGACGAGUAUAUGUUAGGGUAUGUCAAUAGCGAAGAU